UCAUGUCGGCGAAACGUUGCCCGUCGCCUUUUGCGUCGCUCGCGACACCCUAGCUCCAUUCCUCCCGUCUCCUCUCCUCUCUCUUUGUAGCGACAAUUAGCACGAGGUGACGGCGGCCAUGGCGGCGGCGACGGCGGCGGUGGAGAGCGUGGUGGUGGUGCACAACGUGGCGAAGCGGCACAACGUGGGCACGCUGGCGCGGAGCGCGACGGCGUUCGGCGUCGCGGAGGUGGUGGUGGUCGGCCGCCGCGACGUCAGCGCCUUCGGCAGCCACGGGUCCACAUCCCACCUCCGCUUCCGCCACUUCGUGUCCCUCGCCACCGCCCGUGCAUACCUCAAGGACGAGAGGGGGUGUGACAUUUGCGGCGUCGAGAUCACCGACGACGCGCUGCCAGUGACGGCCCGCCCCUUCCGCAGGAGCACCGCGUUCCUCUUUGGCAAUGAGGGUACAGGACUCUCACAAAAAGAGUGUGAGAUCUGCGACUAUUUUGUCUAUAUCGCUCAGUAUGGUGGUGGAACUGCAUCACUCAAUGUUACGGUUGCAGCAUCAAUUGUUCUCCACCACUUUGGGGUCUGGGCUGGCUUUCCUGAACGAGGCCGAGAAGGCAACAAAUUUGUUGUAGCUGAGAAACCGCAGGGGCAGUCGAGGGGGCUCUACUGCUCGGACUCAAUUGAAGACGUGAUUGAAGAGCGCAAGGCACGGAAAGAAAAUGCCUGCGAUAUAUUCGAAGAAAAUGGAAGCAGCCAUCCCCAGGAAUCCAAUGGCCUAGACACGAUGUUUACAGACUAGAGUAUUACUACAUCUCAUCUGUGUCUAGACAAGCCCCUGGAUGACAAGGGGUUGAUAAGAUAAAUUCGCAACACCACAAGACAUGAUCUGGCGCUGGUUUUCUCCUUCACCAGGGAAAAGUGCUUCGUAUCCCUUCGAAUUGGCUCUUCUGAAUGUUGGGGAUGGUGGUUAAAGGAAUGAGUGCCUUCAAACUAGGCUUAAAGGCUAUAGCUCCAUGUCUUGCUAUAUGAAUUUUUGUAUGAUAUGGCAAUCCGUUUUUUGGUUGAGGACAACCUGUGUAAUGUGUUACUCCCUCCGUCCUAAAUUAAUUGACGUGGAUUUGCAUGGACUUAUACAAUGUCACGUCGGUUAAUUCGGUACUUGCUAUCUGAAAUUCCUUAUUCCUUGUACCCGUAACUUCAUUGGAUGCCGAUUCUCCCA